AACAUAAUUCAAGAAAGCUCAGUGAUGCUCGAAAAUAAAUUAGUAUUAUCAAAACCAGAGGGUUGAGCAACGUCUAGACAAACAAUAAAAGAAAAAAAGAAAAAGAAUAGGAAAAAUCCGUUUCCGCCAUUUGCGCUGCCGUUUGCAACGUCCUGCGUCGGUGACCGGUGUGCGAUAGUGUGAGUUUCGCGUCCUCGACGUUCUUUUCGCCGGCGGGUUUAUUAACGUUAAAUUAUAUACCACUUCCAACGCUUUUCACGCUUCUUUUUCCCAUCGUCUCCUUUACAUUGCAUAAGUGCACAACCGUGUAUUGCCAAGUGUUCCCUUUUGCAUGUAUGAUUGCACGAGUGCGAGGAUCGUUCCCGACACAACAGUGUCUGACAUCUGCGAUACGUUAACAUGUCUGCUCUUCAAAAGUCAGUUUUGAAAUCCAGGUUACCACCAUCGGUCGUCAAUUUCUCUGCCUUGAAUUCCAGACUUGGUAAGUCAAGGGGAGCUCAGCGCAGAAAAGAUUACGAACCAGCACGAUGGAAUCCGUACUUCGAUCAUUCCAAGGAUGUGCCAGUGGGACAGAAUACUUUUCAUGUUUAUAUCAAGGGUACUGAGGGACCAUUAUUAGUUUUAUUGCACGGUGGUGGUUAUAGUGGUUUAACAUGGGCAGAACUCACAAAAUCAAUUAUGACAAUGAUAUUGUGUAGAGUCAUGGCAAUUGAUCUUAGGGGCCAUGGAGAUACUCAUACCACAGAUGAUGAUGACUUGUCUGCAGAUACUUUAGCAUUGGAUGUUGCAGCUGUUAUAGAUGUAAUUGAGCAUGAUGCUCCAAUAAUUUUAGUUGGUCAUAGUAUGGGUGGUGCGGUAGCUGUAAGAGCAGCUCCAUUGAUUCCAAAUUUAUAUGGAUUAGCAGUUAUAGAUGUUGUAGAAGGUACGGCAAUGGAUGCAUUAGCUUCUAUGCAGAGUUUUUUAAGAUCUCGGCCAUCUAGUUUUAGCACCAUACCUCAGGCUAUAGAAUGGUGCGUUCGUAGCGGGCAAAUUCGAAAUAUACAAUCGGCAAAGGUCUCGGUUCCUGGACAGAUAAAGAACAUUGAAACUAGCAAAUUAGCAACUCAUGAUAUUGACUCAUUGCCAACCCAAUACAAGUGUGAAUCUAAUCCAGAGCCAGUUGUACCGCGAGAUGUUAUCCAAGAGGAAGAGUCAUCCAAUAUGCCACCGCCACCACCUAUAUCUUCUGCUGCUAAUACUACUAACAGAAAAUAUGUCUGGAGAAUAGAUUUGGCAAAAACGGAACAGCAUUGGUUCGGCUGGUUUAAGGGUUUAUCGAUGGCGUUUUUAAAUGUUUCUGCACCGAAAAUGUUAUUGUUAGCAGGAGUCGAUAGAUUAGAUCGCGAGCUCACUGUAGGACAAAUGCAAGGUAAAUUCCAAAUGCAAGUAUUGCCUGCUUGUGGGCAUGCUGUUCACGAAGAUGUCCCGGAUAAGGUAGCGGAAGCUAUUGCUACUUUUAUGGUUAGGCACAAGUUUGCAGAGCCAGCGUCGGAUUUUCCAAGGACUUUUCCGGCUUGUUAAGAAAGAAAUUAAACAGUCGUAAUGUAAACAUAUGGAAUGUCAUGUUUUCUUUUGAUUAGUUGAUAUUUUAUUUAUUUUCAGAGAUUAUAACCGCCAAAUAUAGUAACAUAUAUCAUAUGUAAAUAAAAACAUUUAUCUUGAU